ACAUCCCAAAACCCUAACCAAACUCUGUUCUCCAAACUCCAUACAAAACCAAAAAUGGCGACUCAAUUCGCUCGUUAUCUUCACACAAUUUCAUCAUCACCAUCAUCAUCAUCAAAGUCAACCAUAUUAACAUACUUAACACAAUCAUUAGGCUUUCGAAAAUCAAGAGCCACUGUUUUCUUCAACAAAUUCUCAUCAACAGAAACCAACCCACAAUCUGUAAUCACAUUCUUGAAAUCACUUGGAUUCUCUAAAUCCGAUAUCCAAACAUGGGUUACUCAAUCACCCCAAAUCUUGUUUUCAGAUGUUGAAAAAACACUUAAACCAAAUAUCCAGUUUUUUCAAGAUUUGGGUCUUCAAGAUUCUGACUUGGGUAAGUUUAUUUCCAAACACCCGAUUUAUUUAUCGAAUAGAUUUGAAGAAAGAUUGAUGCCAUGUCUUGAUGUUUUAAAACGAUUGGUUCUUGAUAAUGAAAAUAUGAUUAGGACAUUGAAAAGGUGUAAUUGGGUGGAUGUGAAAGACCCUGUUAACCGGAUUUCUCAUAACAUUAAGUUUUUAGAACAAUGUGGGAUUGUUGGGUCACAACUUGUUACCGUUAUAAGUAGGCAGCCUAGGUUGUUGGUUAGAGGUGAAAAUGAGCUUAAAGAGCUCGUGUCGAAAGUUUUGGAUAUGGGUUUUGAGAAGGAUUCAAGAAUGUUGGUACAUGCUCUGUAUACUGUUAGUUGUUUAAGUGACGAGACUUUUGAGAGAAAGUUUGAACUGUUUCGGUCGUUUGGGUUUACUAAAGAAGAGUUUUUUGGUAUGUUUAAGAAGGCACCUGCUCUGCUUAGGGUGUCGGAAUCAAAGUUAAAGCUUGGAUUUGAUUUCUAUUUUAACACGGUUAAGUUUGAUAAGCAGGUGUUGGUUCGACGUCCUUCGUGUUUAAUGCUUAGUUUGGAGGAAAGAGUGAUUCCUCGCUUCAAAGUUAUAGAUAUUAUGAUGUCGAAAAAGAUUUUGACGAAAAUGCCAAAGUUUCAAAAUGUGAUGUGGUUAACCGAAGAGGAGUUCUUGGAAAAGUACAUAUCUAAGAAUACAGAUUAUGCUGAGGAAUUGCUAUUGGCAUACAAAUGUGGAGAUUUGAUUGAUCAGAAAUAAUAAUAAUACAAAGUUUUAUAUUGUUUUUUGUGAUUUUAGAUAGUCCAAUUUUGGAAUGCAGAUUCCCCGAAAUAUCACUUGGAGAUCAUGUUGUGUCUACGAGUGCAAAUAUAUUUCUUGGCUUAGUUGGA